AUGGCACAGGGACCCAAAAACGACUCUUGCCCAGACCAGCAAGCAUCAGGGGAGAUGUCCACAAGCCCAGCAGCCAAUACAUCAUCUUCCUCACUGGCCCUGGGGGAAAGCACAGUGCGUAACACUGUCAAGAUCAUCACCGGUGUGAUCUUCAGCUUUAUUUUCCUGGCUGGAGUGACUGGGAAUGGGAUAGUUUUGUGGGUCACUGGACUGAAGCUCCGCUGGACAUCCAACACAGUCUGGUUUUUCAACCUCGCCUUCGCUGACUUGGCUUCCACCUCCCUGAUCUUUGUUACAGUCCUGAAUUUGGCCUUGGAUCUGCACUGGCCCUUUGGCUCUGUGGCCUGCAAGGUGGCCAACUGCCUUUUUGGGCUGAGUGUGUGCAGUGGUGUUCUCCUGCUCAGCUCCAUUAGCGUGGACCGCUGUGUUCUUGUGGUGGCCCCAGUCUGGUGCCAAAAUUAUCGCACUCCCCGUCUCACCUGGGGGGCUUGUGGGUUUCUCUGGCUGAUUUCCUUAGCUUUCUUUGUCCCCAGCUCCUACUUCUUCACUGAGGUUUCAGUGGAAAAGAACAACCGUAGCUCCUGCAACAACCUGGAUAUCUUCCAGGACUGGCAGGAAGCUGAGGUCCUCACCAUUUGUAUCUUUCUCUACCAGUUCCUACUUCCCCUACUCGUCAUCUCCAUCUCCUACACAAUCUUGGUGGUGACUAUGCACAAGAAGAAACUCAACAAGUCCAGCAAGCCCUUCUUGGUGGUCACCAGAGUGGUCUUCUGCUUCUUCUUGUGUUGGCUGCCCUACCAUGCCUUGGCUUUGGCAAGGAUCUCCAUGGACAUAGUGCCAGAUACCAUGCGCCUGGUAGCCAUCCCCCUCUCGAAGUGCCUUGCCAUGUUCAACAGCUGCAUCAACCCUUUGCUCUAUGUUUUUGUGGGGCAGGAGUUCCAGGAUGCAGUAAGGCGGUCCUUGCUGCAGGUCUUCAGGACAGCUUUUGAGGAGGCACCAAUGGCAGCCAACAUCUGA